UAGAACGAAAUUGCUGAGAUCUUUACGAAACGUUGAGCUAUUCUUGAAUAUUUUAUUGGUAAAACAUGGAUUAGGGAAUAAAUGAUUCUUUUGCCUGGUGUACGAUUAAAGAGGCUCACAUUUCCAGUAAACUAGGAUCAUUGUAAACUAAAACCGCUUUCAUGUAGAGGAAAUAUUGCUUCAUAAAGUUAGUGGUAUAAUUGAUCAUGUAGAAACCAGCACCAUAAAAAUAUGAUAGCAAAGCCCGUGUGUGAAAUGAGGUUUGUUGAUUGAGAUUAAUUGCUCCGGAUUACAUCACGGUUGUAUUUGCGGACGAAGUUAAUGACAAACUAAAGCAUAAUUAGCAUGUUUUCCAUGAUGGACAACAAUGAAAACGAAAACUAUUGCUACCCGAAAACUGUGAAAGGAUCAGGGGAUGCAAGCAAAGGUGCCAUUCCGAAAGCCACUGCAAACAAGUAUCAGAAUCAAUUUAACAACAAUAACAAUGUUGCCGAACAGGAAAAUUUAAUGCCUCAAGUGAACGGAGCGCAUGACUAUGGCGAACGAACUAACAGUGACCGAUCUAAUAGUGGAACCGAUUUUAGUGCCAUCCCUGUUACCGCAACACACAAUCUCGAAGUGGACUCCGCCGAAAAUCGUUUUCAAGGGAAAACCGAUAGUAUAUCGUUGAACGAGUCAUACGCCGGUGAUGAGUUAGCAGUCAGAGCGGCUGGAGAUUCCGAUGACGGUGAACUGGACGGUGAAUUUUCCGAUAAUAACUCGCUCGGUAAUCUAUCCUACAUCAGUGAGAAUGGUUUGAUUGAGGAAAUCAUUUUGUUACCCAAUAAUAUUUAUUCUGACGAUGAAAAUGAAUCCGCUUCAGACGAUUGUAUCUACGCAUACAGAGGCGAUGAUCACGUUCCUGCUUUACUAGAAUAUCGCGAACAACCGGCGGACGAUGAGACUGACUUUUUAGAAAUGGAUUUUGAUCCCGAACCAAGCUCGGAAUUGGAGAAUUUACUGGAACACCAAGAUAUAGACGUCAAUUCCUUCCGUCCCGCUCGGACUGUUGAACGUCUCACAAUGAAGGAUAAUGAUAAUAGCCCAGUGAUAAACUCAGACUUUGAACAUGAUGUUUCUGCUAAAGAACCGGACAAAUCACGUGACGAAGCGGAUGGGGUUGAAGCUUUAAUCACGAGUGCCCCAAUCGAAACGAGGAAAACUGGUGCUAUACCUAAAAAGCCUUCCGCAUAUUCUCAGCAAUCUUCCUUGGAAUUCCGGGAACAUGAGCUACCGGGACCAAGUCGGACUUCAAUGAAAGGAAACUCAAAAAACUUGAAACUUGAUUUGAAACUGUGCACUGAUGUGAGAAACAGCAGCGAUGUUGAUUAUCGCUUCAACUAUCCGUACUACGAACGGCAGAAGUAUCCCAUUUAUGGUAACAAGGACAAUGACUGUUGUUUGGAUUGUACGGAAAAACAGUUUCUAAUGGAAACCAAGCAGGACCUGAGUGUUCAACGAGUUUGUAGGUUGUGUCAUUCACGCAAUCAAAGCCACGGUGCGACGUUGGGAGAGUAUCUUAAUGAUUUUAGCCAUUCUUUGAAUUCGAGUAACUCCGAAACCGACCUAACGAGCAUCCGGGCGGAGCAAAUUGUACUGCAGGCCUUGAACAAGAUCAAUGAGCUUAAAGCAACUCCGCCGAGUGUAGGUCUGUCUCGUAGCAUGGAAGAUCUGUGCGUCGAGCUGGAUUCCGAUCGAAGAGAUCAGGAUAUGGCCAUUGACUUCAUGCAGGAGAUUUAUUCUGAAAAUACGAUAACAAUUUACACGCUCAACUGCGGAGAACUAACGAUUAUUGAAGCCUUGACCCGAAUUGGUGUGGCGCCGAAUUUGGAUGUGCUUCGAGUAUAUUUCUCCGAGCAGUAUAAUGUCGACACGAGUAAAAUGAGCAUACCACAAUAUCUGAUGUACAUGUCGAAACGUGAUUGCAACAUAAAAAAGUUGAUCGAAACCAUCAAGUCUUGCUGUGAAGAGCCGCUGGACGUGCAUUACUAUCCGCUUGACCCACAUUCCGAUACUCCCGAACUGGUACAAAUUAAUUCGGCAGAAAUCGCUAAAAGAUGGAAUGAAAACACCAAUUUGAGGCAAAUCAUCAACUUCAAACAUAGACACUUCGAAAGGUUAAAUGUGCUUGGUAAAGUUGUCAACAUUCUGCGAUUGCCCCACAAAGGAAGACAUGCCAAUUUGACAAUUAAUAUCCCACAAUACUAUAAAAGUGGAUCCAUAACGAUAACUAGGGUAACCUGAAUUAUUUUACUCCUAUGAAUAGUACUUGCAGUUACUUUCCAUACCCUUCCACUCUCUUUCACUUGUUUCUCUCUUAACAAAACUUAAACAAAACUAUGUAACGAAAGAUUCUCAAUUAGUUAGGCAUCAGGUAUGUAUGGUAUAAUCGAAAAAAUUGGCACAAACACGUCAGGUAUUAUUAAUUUAUUACCUCCCCAUAGGGAACACUGCUUAACCCUUGUGCCCAUUGUGUAAAAUAUGUUAAUACUGUGUAUAUAUAGAUUGGCGCUUAUUUAUUUCCCGAUAAUAUAUCGCUAUUAAUUAGCAAGCCGCAUAUCCUUGUUAGCAAUUAAUCCCAUGGAAUAAAUAUUUAGUUAUAUAGCUCAUAGAUUUAGGAGCAACUAAUGUGUUGCUAUCGAUGUUCCCAGAUUUUGGAAGGCACAGAAUACGACAUUUUAUAAUAAAAGCUCUGCAGGCUGGACUAUAUAGAAACGAAAUAACCAAUACUAAUUUGCUACCAGUUACGAACAGCUCAAACCGAAUACAAUGCAAUUUGGAAAUUGUUAUUUAUUACCACGAUAACUGCAUCGACUGGAUCCAUUUUACAUCUUUACACGUAACUUGUUAUCACGCAAAGCCCCAUACGAUAAACACUGCUAAAAUAACAUCAAUAAAAGCUGAAAUUAAA